AUGUCUCGUAUUCCUCAGCCCUCCUCCCGCCGCUCCCCCAGCAAGCCGUCGCCGGGGCUGACGGUGAACACAUUCCCGAGCAGGGCUAAAACACCAAGUACCAGCCCCACACCGUUGCGCUCGAAGGCUAGCACGAACUCUCUUAAACCUCCCAAGUCACCAGCGCCGCCGAGGUCACCCGUGCGCCGUACGGCUCCGCCACCCGUGGAUGAACCGCCGCUACCAGCAAAACCGCAGCUUAGCAUAAGGGAGCAGAUUGCGCUCAAACGAGCGGAAGCGAAGAAAGCCCAGACGCCGGCGGACAACACGAAUGGCGGGCUGGACGACUUCUCGGGGUUCGAGGACGCUCUCCCGACAUCAGGAAAGAAGCAGGGCGACGAAGAGGUUGAUCUGGGACGGUGGUCUGUUAAGGAGACUAUAGAACGAGCGCGCAGCACAGAACCAUCAAUCACUACUUCCACUGCCGAUGACAUAUCUGCGACGACGCGUCGGAGAGGAAAUCGCUCAGACGCGCCAUCUUGGUAUGAAGCACAAGACCUCCAGGUGCUCAAGGCGUGGUCUAAUGAGAUCGUUGAGAUUCAACCCGAGAUAUCCAUGUUCGGUUCUCUGAAGACGGUGGACCUUCAUAGCAACAAACUUGCAUCCCUACCCGAUGCGUUCGCCGACCUCACGGCCCUGACAGUCCUCGACCUCUCCCACAACGCUCUCACAUCACUUCCAGCUAACCUUUUCGCCCUUCCGCACCUCACCACACUGAAUAUAUCCCACAACCAACUUACGUUCCUUCCGUUCCGCGCACCGUUCGAUGUCGCAGGCUCCACUCCACUGGGCCGCACAAAGGACUCUCGCGGAGAUUGGUUCUCAAAGAGCAUCACGCGUGCGACAGCGCCGCUCCCUCGCCUGACAAGUCUCGAUGUCUCGUAUAACGGACUCUCCGCAUCUGCGAUAGACCACGAGUACUCGCAGGCCAAACCAAGCCUCCCCACGCAGGUCACCAAGCUUGAUAUAUCUGGAAAUCCGCUGGGCAACUGCGCCUCGCUCCUGCAGUCUCUUGCCCGCCUUGAGCGGCUACGCGAGCUGCGCCUACAGCGAGCAGAGAUCGGGAACGACUCCUUCCCGAUAGACAUCAUCUCCUCGCUUAAGGUCACAACCCCCUUCCCGUCCCUGCGAUUGCUUGACAUGGAGGAGACACAUGUCACUAAGCCCGCAGUCGAAGCUGCGCUGAGACCUCCUGCGCUGCGCCAGGCGAUCGAGUUCGAGGUGACCACCGAAGAGCCUCGAGAAGGCGUCCUCUGUGUCGUUGUGGGCAAGCGGGUUGUCAAAGAGGCGUGGGAGGUUGAAGCAGAGCGCAGAGCUAAGCUAAGAAGCGCACGGGUCGCAGACUCUGCUAUCGAAGAAGGCAUUGACUUUGGCAGCAGAGCAGGCGGAAAGGGAGGACAUGCAGCGACCAAAGUGCUUGUCGCUAAGGAGGCUUGGGAGAUGGAGGCGGAGCAAGUUACGCCCUACUUCGCCGCUAAAGAAGCCAGCUGUAGCGGCGAAGGAAGCUUGGGAGAUCGAAGCCGAGCAGGGUUUGUUGACAGAGGGUGCUAA